ACUGACACAGGGACAGACCUGCAGGUCCGGGGCAACUGCUCACUGACACAGGGCUACAGCCACUGGACACACCAGAGGGCACUCAGGGCAGCACACAGGGGCCAGUGUAACAGAGCUAAUGGCCACAGCCAUAUAACUUCUGGAAGUUCAGGUAAAGCCACUCACAUUACUGGGUGAGGAGAGCACUCAGUGCCACAGAGCCGGCAGGUGACCACAGGCCAAGGAGUACAGGAAAAGAACCACGGAGCUGACACUCAGUGCCACCACUUGGACAUUCUGUGACUUGGGACAUCUGUACGAGCCCUGCCCUCCGAAGCAGUGAUACCAGUCAGGCAGUAACACUGGGUGGCAAGCCACAUAGCACACCCGGUUUGUGCCAGUUACCACCCAGCAUAAGGAGAGUGUCACUGGCAAGGUAGACCCCAGCAGCUGCUACACACUGAGGAUUGUGACAGAUACAGGGAGAGGUGGCACCGCCUGAUUAAACAUCCCUGGACACCACCACCUCCUCCUUCACUCGUGGAAUUUAUAUUUGGGGAUCACCUCCCAGUGGAAGGGCAGUCCCUCGUGUUCUGGAACGUUCAAUCCACAGGUGUUGGAAAGGAGUAUACCCUGAUACCCAUUCACCUGAUUCUGGAAGGGCAUCACCUGCUCUUACUUGUAGAAGUGACAUCUCCCACUGUAUAUCAUCACAAAAGGAUUAUUGGCAGUAACAGGUUCCUCCUCUAACAAGUUACCACUAAAGAACAUACAUGCAGGGCGCCCUGUGCUGCUGGAGAUCCGCGGGGCUGCGCUGUCCGAGGGGCAGCAUGAGGGGCUUCCUGCAGCUGCUUCUGGUUACUGCCCUCCUGAUCUGCUGGAGGCAGCCCCACGUAGGGGCCAACUCAUGGUGGUCCUUGGCACUAAACCCUGUACAGAGGCCUGAAAUGUAUAUCAUUGGGGCCCAGCCACUGUGUAGUCAACUAUCAGGACUUUCCCCUGGCCAGAGGAAAUUGUGCCAGCUCUACCAGGACCACAUGGUAUAUAUUGGAGAAGGGGCCAAAACAGGCAUCAAAGAAUGCCAGCACCAGUUCAAACAGCGGAGGUGGAAUUGCAGUACAGUGGAUAAUAACUCUGUGUUCGGCAGAGUUAUGCAGAUAGGAAGCAGAGAGGCAGCGUUCACAUACUCCAUUAGUGCGGCUGGGGUUGUCAAUGCUAUCAGCCGCGCCUGCCGUGAGGGAGAGCUUUCUACAUGCGGUUGUAGUCGGACCCCUCGACCUAAAGAUCUACCCCGUGACUGGCUUUGGGGAGGCUGUGGCGAUAACGUGGAAUAUGGCUACAGAUUUGCCAAGGAGUUUGUGGAUGCCCGGGAGAGGGAGAAAAACUACCAAAAGGGUUCGGAGGACCAGGCUCGAUCAUUAAUGAACCUCCAGAACAAUGAAGCGGGGCGCAGGGCUGUGUAUAAACUGGCUGAUGUGGCCUGUAAAUGCCAUGGGGUGUCGGGAUCCUGCAGUUUGAAGACCUGCUGGUUACAGCUUGCCGAUUUCCGCAAGGUGGGUGAAUACCUUAAGGAGAAGUAUGACAGCGCAGCUGCAAUGCGACUAAACCGACGCAGCAAACUGGAGCAAACGAAUCAACGCUUCAACCCACCCACUGCAGACGAUCUGGUGUAUCUAGAUACCAGCCCAGAUUACUGUCUACGCAACGAAACUACAGGGUCCCUUGGUACCCAAGGCCGACUCUGCAACAAAACAUCAGAAGGCAUGGACGGGUGCGAGCUCAUGUGCUGCGGGCGUGGCUAUGAUCAGUUUAAAACUGUUCAAGUGGAAAGGUGUCACUGCAAAUUCCACUGGUGCUGCUUCGUAAAAUGCAAGAAAUGUACAGAAAUUGUGGACCAGUAUGUGUGCAAAUAACGUGGCACCAACCCUAAGCACCUUCUAUGAAUGCAUCCCUCUGCUGCCCUCCCACUACCCUUUCUCCACCGUGCACCCAAAUUAUCUCCAUUCCCCCCCAGCCAACACAGGUAUCUUACUCCAGCACGGAGAGUGAGGGAGGCAAAAUAUAUAUGUAUAGGAUAUAAAAUUAAAUAUAUAUAUAUGUAGAUAUAUAUAUUUAUAUGUGUAUAAAGGAAAGGGACUCUAGGAUAAGGCACUGAUUAUUAGUAGUUAAAGGAUAUGGUGGCCUGAGCAGUUUCUUAUAUGAAAUACUGUUUAGACAACUUGUCUGCAGAUGAAAGGCCUGGAGGGUGUUUGAUCCUUUGUUUAUCGGAAUGGCAGAUCUAUGAGCAGUCGUGCUUACCUGACAGGGGGCAAAGUGUCUCUGGUAGACCAGCAAGCCUUCAUGUUUGACCUACCUUUGUCGAUCACUUUGCUGUUUUUUUUUUUGCCUCAUGCAAACACCUCAGUGUCUUGGGUACGAUAACAGAAUCGGGAAUGAGGAAAGAGGCCUAACGGACAUUGAAAUUUGAGCAGCUGAGUUUAGCCAAACGGAUUGAGUGGGUUGUUGGACUAGAUCUAUUCUGUGGACUGGCAGACCAUCUGAUUGUAUUGCUGUACCAAGGAUCCUUCCUGACUUUCUCAAUCAAACAUGAUGUUAAUCUACUGGUAUAGUACGCAACCUCCAAAAUCAACUGAACAUAAACAACACUAAGCCAAUGCUUUGUUUGGUGGCAUCAAGGUUCUGUGAUUCUCCUACACUGGAGACAACACUGUUCGGGUACUCUCUUAUAUUGUGUGACCUUUGAAUAGGUGAUGAUACUCUUGAAUGACUCAAGAAAAAAAGCAGCCCUGAUAUAAAUAUAACCAAGGUAAUAGGGACAAACCUGAAGAAUAUCCAGUAAAACAUUCUUGAGGAACAUAAAGAAGAGCUUCCAAUCAAUAUUUGACCAUUUAAGUACAAAAAUGCUGCAGUAAAUUAUACCAAAUAUUUUUCUCCUAAGAUAAUCACAUUGGACUCUUUUGAAAUAAUUACGUUGUAGUGCUGUGUUAGAUAACAGAAUGUUUUAUUGUAUUUUUUCCCCAUAAAGGAUCUAUAAAGCAGUGAUUUUUUUUUACAUACUCCAAACACAUAAUGAAGAGGUUACUGCACUAUAUACUUAUUAUCUACAUUAAGUCAGCUAUCGUGAUAAACUAUAUACAAAAGUAUUUUGCGAUCUGUGACUCAUCGACUGUUGUACUGCAAACAUGCGCACUGACCCUCUUUUCCUACGACUGACGGUUUAUUCACCGUACUAGAAACGUCCGGAUGUAUUGGGGCUAGAACAAGAGCAGUAUCUAUGCUUGAAACAUUGCUCUGAAUUCAGAACCCUGGCCAGUAAAACACAUUGUGAUUUGCUUACUUAUCCACUGAUACAUUUUUUGCUUGACUGCCAAAUUUAACAAAUAUAGGGCCCCAUAUUUUAUUAGACUAUGAACUAAUUAAAGUGGCAAAAACAUUUACUGACAUUUAGGGGCUACAUGAUGCUGACUAAAUUAUGUGAAAAUAUAAAAUUAACAUCUUUCCAUUGAAACAUUAGACCGCCCGAUCUUAUGCUUUAUUUUUCUAACUUUGAAUUUCCCACAAAUAGAGCAGUGGCAGAUUAUAAAACUAUUUUUUUCUAGAGGGAUACAAAAUUAAAUUUGCAUUUGUCUACAGUACAGAAAUCUGAUUAUAUUUCUAUAAAAAAAAGCAAUUUACAUUAUGGCAUAUAUUUACAAAUGUUUAUUUCAUAUGCUUACCAGUGAAGUACUUACUCCCCCUAGUGGAGAGCAGGAAUCACAAGUGAGAGUGCAUAAUACGAGGUAUGUGUGAUGGUGACAGCAGCUGUGAUGUUAUUGGAAUUGUCACCUAGCCAAUGUUUGGGACAGGUGCAUACAACAGAGAAAGCAGACUAUGUGUUGUGCUAGCAGAAUCCAAAGCAAAUGCAUAGGUGAAGAUUGCAUAAACAUGGCUUACUCUGUGUUUCCUUCAGCUGUUUUCAACAUUCCUGUGGUGUCACAUGCCAAAUACGCUAUUGCAUACAUUUGGAAUUAAGCUGCUGGUACCAACAGAUGAAAAAAUAAUUUCCUUAAUGAUCUAUUCAUUAAAUACUGUCUUAUUAACUAAAUUGCGCAAUCUAAGCAAAAAUAACCAAGUUGAAUAGUGAAUGCAUUUCUUGGUUCUGCUAACACAACAUAUAGGACAUUUUUGCUUCUAGUUCCAUUAAGGGAACAUUCUGUGCACCAUAACUACUACAGCACGUUGUAGUGCUUAUAGAGCUAAGACUGCCCUGGCGCCCCCCCCAAAUUGUGGGUAACUAAACCAUUUUAAACUGGAAGUUCUCUGUCUGAGCUGAACUUUACUGUGCCAGGCUAGCUGAGAGUGAUUAAUCAGCUGAUGCGCUCAGCCAAGGAGUUAGGCCUGCAUUGCAGGGCUUAGCUCAGGAGAGCUAAUGAAAGCUACUGCUGUAGUGGCUAUGGUAUUUGGAGUUUUCCUUUUUAGGUUGGGUACACAAAGUUAUGGCUACGAAACACAACUCCCAUAAACGCUUGCUAGGGAGUUGUUUAUAGAAGAUGAGAUCUUGAAAUGUAUUUUACUGGAAACAACUUUCUAUGCAAUAUUUAACUUAUUUCUACUACACUGUGCAUGGUACUAUGACUUUGGAUUCCAGAAAGCUUCAAACAUGGACCCUACGCCUUUCUUUCUCUGCUAUCUAAUCACUUGUACAGGAUUUAGUCAAAAUGGGGUUUUCCUAAAACAUCAUCUAAAGUGAUACAUUGCUUAGCAUUGGGCUAAAUAGAGCAUGUUUUCUAGUCCUCUAAAGAGGACACGCCAUUCACCAAAUAAACAGAUGACAUCCACUCCAGGUAACUUAUAAAAUGUAACCUAUACAUUUUGAUACCAAAUUUGCCAGCUUAUAUUUUAAUUUAAUUUGAAAUAUCGCAGCAAUUCGUUUCCCACAAUUAACAUGGCUCAACCCAGAAUGCAAGCAAGGGGGUACAUGCUUCAACAUACUUCAACAUACUUGUUGAUAUUGCUGUAGUUUGUACCCCAAUGUUGACAAUGUCGAGAUAUAAAGUACAAUCUCCAACUUUAAAGAAAAAGUUGUAUUGCUAGCAAAUAUAUGAAUACAAAAAUAAACAGGGUUAUUCAUUAAUGUAUGUAUUUUCGGGAAUUCAAAGUGAAGUUCACAUUUUAGUCAAGCUAGUUGUAAGGAAAUUGUCCAAUUUGGCUUGUGAAAUUAACUUUGAAUUCACUAUAGUGAAUAACUCUGGAUGAGCCGCUGUGCCGUAUUGCAUGAUGGCUGCGGAAUUAAGUUUCAUAUUCUACCUUGGCACUGCAGGUACUAAAACCCACCACACCGUUACUAUUCUUUUGUUAAUAUUUGUGUUUGCUAUUUAUUGUUAAUGUUUUUUAGUUCUUCCAUUUUUUUAUGUUACCGUUUGGUUAACAAAACAGAAUCUCGUCCCUUUCUAAGUGGCAAUCCAGUGAUGAAUGUGUAAAUACUGUAACAUGUUCCUUUGUGCCCCCUUAAAAAUAAUAAUCAGGGGCUUUGGAGGAAAAUGUUACAUUUUUGUAUAG